CAUCCAAUGAAGUACCAAGGCACGCUCAUGAACUCGUUUCUUUUCAACGUGGCCAUUAUCCUUCUAUGUUCAACAAGGUGAUCCAGCGAUCCAAUGUGGCUCCACGCGCAGAGCACGCACGAGAAUGUGAUCGCAUCGGGCGCGCACAUGGUUCCAGCAGCUGGAGCGCCGAUCGGCCGUGCCCAGUGCGGCAUAGCAUCGAAGACCGAUCGCGCGAGAUCGACCUCGCUAGAGGAGACGCUGGCGUGGAGGAAAUUGUUCCAGCUCGAGACGUCCCUCUCGGCGUCGCGGACGAACUCCUGGGCUUCGCGAAUUUGCCCGCAUUGGGCAAAUGCUGCGAUCAUCGCGUUCGCCGAGACGACGCUCCGGGCAGGCAUCCGCGCGAAGACCUCCCGCGCCUCGCCGAUCCGGAGGCGCUGCGCGGCGAUGGUGAGCAUCGAGUUCCAGGUGAUGACGUCGCGGCGGGGGGAUUCCACGAACAGGGAUCGCGCGUCGCGGAAGCAGCCGUUCUGGGCAAGCGCGACGAUGGUGAUGUUGAUGGUGAAGAGGUUGCGGACGCGGAGCUCGCGGAAGACGGCCAUGGCGCUGGCAAUGGAGCGGCAGGCGCCAUACAUCUGGAUGAGGAGAUUGGGCUCCACGGCGGAGUUUUUCUCGUCGAUUUCUCCUUCCUCGUCGGCCUCUGGCAUUUGGUAGGCGACGAAGAGAUCGGUGUGCCAGCCAGAGCGGACGAUCUGCGCGUGCAAUCGCCGGCCGCCCUCCAGAUCCCUGCCCGCGAUGCAUCGCCGCAGCAGCACGACGUAGCCCGACGCCCGGGAUCGCUCAUCCUCCUCGUCCCCGCGCAUUUCCGAGGAAUAGUCUGUCGUGCCCUAAAAUUCGUUUGA